AUGUAUGAUAGUAGAAACAAUUCAGUCCCCAGAUCAUUGUAAUAGUUGCAAUACUUGAAAUAAUUUCAUAUCAUGGAUAUAACCAAUGAUAAAGAAUAGAUUGCAAAUUAUCUUGACAUUUUAAAUCAGGAAACAGACGUAUAUUAUCUAUUUGAUUCUUUUCAUUCUCUUUUGAAUUCUGUUAAGCAAGCUGAGGAAGCUAAGAUAACUAAUAAACCCAGACAAAAUACAAUUGAUUGGUGGAAAUUAACAAAUCAAUCUUAUAGCUGGGCAGGCUUGAAAAAUAUCAAAGGAAUUUCGAACACUCCUUCUUAGAUACGAGUAACUAAUGAUAGUAGUCAUGCAAGAUAGAUAGGAUAAGUCGAAUUGCAGGUUUUCAAUGAGAAGGAUCUCGAAAGCAAGAAGCAAAAUAGAACUCUGUUGAGUGUCUAUUAAUUGUAGAACAAGUAUUACAAAUGCCACAUGGGAUUCUGUUAGCUAUAGAAAUUGGAAGGGUAAGUCGUAAUCAUCAAUAAAUUAUACAUUGCCAAAUGGUAUAGGAAGGUGGGCAAUUACUUAGAGUUGAUACAAGAAUUUAUAAAAUAUAUCUUGAGCGUGUUGUCGGCAUAAAGAGUGAAGAUCAAGAUUAAUUCUAGUUAAGGAUCGCAAAUUAAGUAUCUCCAAUAAUUGGGAUUCAAGUUAUCCUAAUCUAUCCCAUUAAUAAAUGAUCUCAAAAUAUUUACUUUAAUUUUAGACAAAUAAUGA